UAACAAGCAGCUAAGGAAAAAAACAGCUUUUGUAUUAAGCAAAUUUAGCUAGAAAACCCCAUCAUUCCAAGUUCAACUGUAAAUUUUCAAGUCGUUUUAGGGUUUCAUAUAUCAUGGGUAUGAUGAAGCACAUUCUCAAACUGCAGUCUUGGUCGUCAUCUCAUGAAGUCCCGAAAGGCCAUGUUGCAGUUUAUGUUGGAGAAUUUGGAAAGAAGAGGUAUGUGGUUCCAGUGGCUUACUUGAACCAUCCUUCGUUUAAGGUCCUGCUUAAGAGCGCAGAAGAAGAGUUUGGCUUCAACCAUCCAAUGGGGGGUCUAACAAUUCCAUGCAAAGAAGAGACUUUCAUUAGUCUCAUUUACGAGCUGGGAAUUGCCAGAUUACAAAGAUGAUGGAGAAUUUUGGUAGACUUCGGAAUGGUGGAGACCUCAUAUAAGAUUUUUGUACAUGUAUUUAGUAGCUAGGAGGGAAAGUUCGAAUUGAAUUAUGAUUUGGUGACUGAGAUCCUUGUUAAUUAAUUUUAGGAUUUAACUACAAUACUUACAUGUAUUUAAUUUAACUUUGU